GCAAACAGUUAAAAAGCAUCUAAGCUCAGUGCCUGUUAGAACCUUAUUUGAUAAACAAGAAUUUAGAAAAACAAAGUUAAAUCUAUAAAAUUGGCUAUAACAAUGAUCAACAAAGUAUUGUUAAGCUUUACAAUUUUUGGAGCUAUUAUAUUUACGAUUUGCCAUGGAACUGAAUUGAACAACAACGAAAAUGAUGCCAAAAUAUUUCUAAAUCAAAUUAGUGCUAAAUUGUUUAAUAUUUACGAUGAAGUCAAUCAAGCAAAUACCAUCCCAAUCUAUAACGUUCAAAUACAAGGUGUUUUCAAUGAGGAGAUCGGUUUGAAGAGAAUUGCUAGAGAUGCAAGAAAGUUUGACUUUGAGAACUUCAAAGACAACGAUCUGAAAUAUGCCUUUGAGAUCCUAAUCAAAUCAAUAGACUUAAAGGUCAUAAAGCGAAAACUAUUUUCAGAUCUGUUCAAUUCUCGAGAAGAAUUACCUCCAUUUUUACGAAAUGUGCAAAUUAAUGAUUUUUAUGAUAAUGAAAUUAAAAGAACAUACACUCCAGACAUUGAAAACAUUAUUACAACGUCUCAGAAUCCUGAAGAGUUGCAAUACUACUGGAAUGAAUGGAGGAAGACAACGGAUGAAUGGGCAUAUCACAACAUUGACGUAGUUCUCAAGGCUUUAAAAAACGCUGCUAAGUUCAAUAAGGUUAAGCCCUUGGAGUUUUGGCUGCAUGGGUACAACCUUACUUCUAUAGAUGGUCUGAUGGCCGAUGUAAGACCACUUUACCUGGAACUCCAUGCAUUCAUUCGAAACCUACUUCGUGAGAAAUAUGGCGAAUCAGUUAUUACAGCUGACGGAUUGAUUCCAGUUCAUCUAUUUGAACAAGUUUUACUUCAAACAUGGACAAACGAGAGCAUUAUUGAAGAUAUGUUUCCCUUUGACAGUCUUCCCCCGGUGGAAUCCGUCUUGUCGAAAAAGUUUGAUUCUCAGCAAUUGCAUAAAAUUGCUGAGGAAUUUUAUGAGAGUUUAGGAUUCGAAAAAUAUCCCUCUAAUAUUUGGGGAAGUAGCAUAAAGUUACAGACAUAUGAUGAUAAAGAAGAUGUCGAUGAUGAAGAUGAUGAUGAAGAUGACAAUGGUGAUGAAGACCAAAUUGAUGACGGAUACGAUUGCGAUGCCGUAUAUGGGUAUUCAACUCCAAAUAUUCUACUAGAGUUUUGUGGAAAGUUAACUUUCCAAGACUUUAUUGAUUCGUAUGCCAUUCUGGGGUUCUUGCACUAUUCCAAGGAAAUGCAGAAAGCUAGUCUUCCAGCAUAUUUCUAUAAGCCCCCCCAAGAUUUAGAACAAGCAAUUGGAGAUGCUAUAAUACUAUCUGCAUCAACUCAUCAAAAUUUGAAGCAAAUCGGAAUGAUUGAGGAUUUUAAUAUUACUCAAGAAGUUGAAAUGAAUCGACUUUUGAGAAUGGCUAUAUUUCGCCUUAUCAAUAUUCAAUUGGAUUUCGUUCAUACAAAAGUUCUGGCUGAUCUUGUGUCGGGAAAAGUUGAAAAGUCGGAAAUUAAUAGCCAUUACUGGCAGUUAAUGAAGAAAUAUGUAGGUGUUGGACCACCAAAGGAUCAUGAGGACUCUGAAUAUGAUAUGCCUUAUAAUUUUUACAAAAAAAUGACAGAUAACGAGAUGAUGGUAGAUUUUGUAACGAGCUUUUUGAGUCAUCAAUUUCAUAAAAAGUUAUGUGAAAUCAGCGGAAAAUAUCCCAAGGAAAAGCUGCAUUUAUGUGACGUACAUGGAAGCAAGGAAGUUGGAAAUUCCUUGAAAAAAAUGAUGCAACUUGGUAGUUCAAAGCCAUAUAAGGCAGUACUUGGAAAGAUGUUUAAUGAUGAUCAAAAUAUAAAGGCCGAAGCACUGUUAGAGUAUUACAGUCCGAUUAAGAAGUUGUUAAUGGAGAAUAAUAAAAAAUCAAAAGUUUUAACCGGUUGGAAGGAAUCUAACUUAAAAAAAAAUUAACUAUUUCACAAAAAUUCAUAAACGAUAUGUUUAACAUGUAUUUCUCAUAUUUGUUUCAUUUAUAACUUGUAAGAAAUUAAGUUUUAAAUUACAAUUUAUAAUAAUUUCGUAAAAAAUAUCUACAAAAUUAAUUUUAGACAUAAAUGGGAGGAAAAGGUGUUUAACAAUUGUUUGUAUUUUUUGAAAUUUAAAUAAAUGUAACGCUUGCAAUAUUA